AACACUGAGACGUGGUCACUAUUGGCUUGCUCUGCAGCAAGCCUUGGCGUACUCUCUAACACUUGGAGCAGUGAUGGCGCUCCAGUAUUUGCUUCGCUUGCUUUAAGCGGUCUGGCAUUCUCGUCAUCGUAUGCUAUCAUAAGAUGGACAGGAGAUGCAUUCAUCCGAGUCGGGCGAAAAGGAAAGGACAUGUCAAAGAAGCAACCCAUUGAACUGUCAAUGAUGGGUCUGGUCAGCGCUCUUGUUUAUCUGCUCUGUAUCAUCACUUUCCUUCCCUUCGCCUUCAAGCACGAUAUCGUAGCAGCGACCUCAGGGGGCGGCAACAAAGAUAUCGUGAUUGAAGCCCAGGUAGUUGAGACGGGCAGAUUUUUGCAUCGAUUUCCUCUUGAGAAGCUCGCAUCGUAUGGAUUCGCGUAUGGCACCCUUGCGACUGUCAUCAUUCUCGGCAUCAUCGACGACUUCUUUGAUAUCAGAUGGAGACACAAGUUCUUCAUCCCGGCUUUUGCAUCGCUCCCUAUCCUGGGACUGUACUUCGUCGACUUUGGUGUUACCCAUGUCGUGGUUCCCAUCCCACUUAGGCCAUACCUAGGGGAGCUCGUAGAUCUGGGUUCAUUGUACUACUUGUACAUGUCAGCCAUUUCUAUCUUCUGCCCUAACAGCAUCAACAUCCUUGCUGGUAUCAACGGCAUCGAGGUUGCUCAAUCAAUUGUUAUCGCAUUGCUGAUCCUCCUGAACGACGCAUUCUAUCUGGUUCCGUCAACGCCUACUCUACACCCAGCAACUGACUCGCACCUGUUCUCGGUCUAUCUUUUGCUGCCGUUCCUCGGAGUAUCUUUCGCUCUGCUCAAGCACAACUGGUUCCCUGCCAAGGUGUUCGUAGGAGACACCUACUGUUACUUUGCCGGCAUGGUCUUUGCUGUGGUGGGUAUCAUGGGUCACUUCAGCAAGACUCUGAUUCUCCUCUUCAUCCCCCAAGUUUUCAACUUUAUCUACUCUGCACCUCAACUUUUCCAUAUCGUUCCAUGCCCUCGACACAGACUACCUCGAUUCAACGCUCGUACAGGACUCUUGGAGCCGUCCAAAGCUACUUUCACGCCCGAAAAGCCUUUGAACAAGUUGGUAGGAGAAGUCUUGAAAGUGCUGGAUACACUGAAGCUGCUGCGCGUAGAGACGGAUGAGAAAGGAACAGUCGUAUCUACUACGAAUCUGACUAUUCUCAAUCUAUGGCUUGUUUGGAGAGGGCCUAAGAGGGAAGAUCGCCUGGCGGUUGAGAUUCUGGCCAUGCAGACCUUCGUAGGUCUGCUCGGUCUCGCAGUGAGACAUCGCCUUGCUUUGGUUGUAUUCUCACAGGAUAAUCUU